CUACAGUCUGCAGAAAGGAGUACUUGGGUGGUUAUGAAACGGAGGUAACCCCCAGCACACACUGUAACAGAUCAUCUCCUACGGCGAAUGGGUAUUGACAGUUUCUGCAGUUUGGACGGUUCUGAUCCAUUUUGGGAUUGGAACCGGACAUGGCAAACACCCAAUCCAGACCUGACACCAUGUUACCAGAACACAGUGCUGGUUUGGAUACCAUGCCUCUACCUCUGGCUGUUAGCACCAUUCUACAUCCUAUACCUCAAAACCCAUGACCAUGGAUACAUAUGCAUGACACACCUCAAUAGAGCCAAAACAGUUAUUGGGUUUGCCCUAUGGCUUAUCUGCUGGGCAGAUGUUUUCUACUCUUUCUGGGAAAGAAGCCAAGGUGCUGCCAUUGCUCCUGUCUACCUGGUCAGCCCCACAGUGCUUGGCAUUACAAUGUUGCUGGCUACAUUCUUUAUCCAGAAUGAGCGGAUGAAGGGGGUCCAGUCAUCAGGGGUGAUGCUCAAUUUUUGGCUGGUCACCAUAGUGUGCGCUACUGUCACCUUUCGCUCCAAGAUUCUUCAUGCACUUAAUGAACCUUCCAGUGUGGAUGUGUUCAGAUAUACCACCUUCUACAUAUAUUACGCCUUGCUGCUCAUCUCACUGAUCUUGUCCUGCUUGUCCGACCAGCCUCCACUCUUUUCACAGGCUGUCAAAGACUUAAAUCCAUGUCCAGAGUCGGGAGCUUCCUUCCUGUCCAAGAUCACUUUCUGGUGGAUCACAGGGUUGAUGGUUAAGGGUUAUAAAAGGCCUCUGGAGGAGAAGGAUCUGUGGUCGCUCAACUCGGAGGAUAAAUCUCAGAGAGUGGUGCCACAGCUGGUGCGGUGCUGGGACCAAGAAUGCCACAAGGUCAAAAGGUCAGUAGAUAAGACCCUCUACUCCCCAAAACGGGCAGCAAAUCAAGAAAAGAAGGAUGGACAACCAAUAGAAGAGUCAGAGAUUCUGCUUGUGAAAACCCUUCAGAAAACUGGCGAGCCUUCUCUCUUCUGCGCUCUCUGCCGAACUUUUGGACCAUACUUUCUUAUCAGCUCUCUUUAUAAGAUUGCACAUGACAUCCUAAUGUUUGUCGGACCUGAGAUUCUCAGGCUGCUGAUCCAGUUUGUGAAUGAUUCCAGUGCCCCCUCGUGGCAUGGCUACUUCUACACCACCCUGUUGUUUGUUUGUACCUGUGUGCAAACCCUCAUUCUGCAGAAGUAUUUCCACGUUUGCUUUGUGACUGGUAUGAGGUUACGUACGGCCAUUGUUGGUGCUGUAUACAGGAAGGCCUUGGUCAUUACCAACGCUGCUCGUCGCACAUCCACUGUGGGAGAGAUCGUGAAUCUAAUGUCAGUGGACGCUCAGCGGUUCAUGGACCUCAUCACCUAUAUCAACAUGAUCUGGUCGGCACCUUUGCAGGUUAUCCUGGCCCUCUACUUCCUGUGGCAGAAUCUGGGACCUUCGGUGCUUGCUGGAGUUGCCGUGAUGGUGUUGAUGGUUCCUAUAAAUGCAGUCAUUGCCAUGAAGACUAAAACAUACCAGGUUGACCAAAUGAAAAGCAAGGACAAUAGGAUAAAGCUUAUGAAUGAGGUGCUGAAUGGCAUAAAGGUGCUUAAACUAUAUGCAUGGGAGCUGGCCUUCAAAGACAAAGUGUCUGCUAUCCGAAAGAGUGAAUUGCGUGUGUUGAAGAAGACCGCUUACCUUGGCGCUGUUUCCACCUUUACAUGGGUCUGCGCACCAUUUUUGGUUGCCCUCUCCACGUUUGCAGUUUAUGUGUUAGUGGAUGAACAAAAUGUUCUGGAUGCACAGAAGGCAUUUGUUUCUCUGGCUCUGUUCAACAUCCUGCGCUUCCCGCUCAACAUGUUGCCCAUGGUCAUCAGCAGCAUGGUGCAGGCCAGUGUGUCUAUGAAGCGUCUUUGUGUGUUUCUGUCCCAUGAGGAGUUGGAUGAAGAUAGUGUGGAGCGCCGAGCCAUCACUGGAUCUCCUGACAGCAUCAGGAUUGUAGACGGAUCUUUCAGCUGGUCAAAAGAUGACCCCCCAACUUUGAAGAGGAUUAACGUGCAUAUCCCUGAGGGGGCGCUGGUUGCUGUGGUAGGGCAUGUGGGUUCGGGGAAAUCCUCUCUGCUUUCAGCUUUGCUGGGAGAGAUGCAGAAACAAGAAGGAUCUGUCUCGAUCAAGGGCUCAGUGGCUUACGUGCCUCAGCAGGCCUGGAUCCAGAACGCCACUCUCAAAGACAACAUUUUGUUUGGACGGGAAACGAAAGAGAACUGGUACCAAAAAGUGGUAGAGGCCUGUGCCCUCUUACCAGACCUGGAGGUCCUACCUGGAGGAGACUUAACAGAGAUUGGGGAGAAGGGUGUAAAUCUCUCUGGAGGUCAGAAACAGCGAGUAAGUCUGGCCAGGGCUGUGUACUGCAGCUGUGCUGUUUACCUGCUGGAUGACCCGCUCUCCGCAGUGGACGCCCAUGUAGGAAAACACAUCUUUGAUAAGGUUAUCGGACCUCAAGGGGUGUUACAGGGCCGGACUCGGGUUCUGGUGACCCAUGGACUGAGCUUCCUGCCCCAAGCAGACCUGAUCCUGGUUAUGGUGGAUGGCGAGAUCACGGAGAUGGGGUCUUACACUGAGCUCUUAGGCAGACAGGGUGCCUUCGCUGAGUUCCUGUGCACUUACACCAACACAGAACAGGAAGAGGUAGAGGAGUCAGUGGGAGAGGAGGGAGGGGAGGUGGAGGCUGAGAAUGGGAAAUCUGAAGACACAGUCCCACGGAAAGGACUGGAGAAUGGGGGCCCUGCUGUACUUCUGGGACAGAGUCAGAACUCGCUUAAUGCAGCAGGGACAGGUAAAACCUCACAGAAGACUGAACCAAAUGAUACUGCUGCAAAGAAAACUAAAUCUGCAGAAGCUGCCAGACUAACCGAGGCAGACAAAGCCAACACUGGCAGGGUGAAGUUGGCUGUGUUUUGGGAGUACAUGAAGGCUAUCGGCUUGCCCUUGUCCUGCUUCAGCAUCUUUCUUUUUUUCUGUCAUCAUCUGUCCUCGUUGGGAUCAAACUACUGGCUUAGUCUUUGGACAGAUGACCCUGUUAUCAAUGGCACCCAGCCCAACAGAGAGAUGCGUUUAGGGGUUUACGGAGCCCUGGGACUAUCACAAGGUAUUGCAGUGUUCUGCUAUUCCAUCUCUGUUUCUGUUGGUGGGAUCUUAGCCUCACGUUACCUGCACCAGACGAUGCUCUACAAUGUUCUGAGGUCACCCAUGUCUUUCUUUGAACGCACACCCAGCGGCAACCUGGUCAACCGUUUUGCCAAAGAAACAGACACUAUUGACUCAGUCAUCCCUAGCAUCAUAAAAAUGUUCAUGGGUUCCAUGUUUAAUGUGCUGGGGUCAUGUGCUGUCAUCCUCAUCGCCACACCACUGGUAGCCAUCAUCAUCCCUCCACUGGGCCUGUUCUACUUCUUUGUACAGCGUUUCUAUGUGGCCUCCUCUCGGCAACUGAAGCGGCUAGAGUCAGUGAGCCGCUCUCCAGUCUACACACACUUCAGUGAGACACUGCUGGGCACCAGCGUGAUCAGAGCAUUUGGAGAGCAGCAGCGCUUCAUCAGGGAGAGUGAUGGCAGAGUGGACCACAACCAGAAAGCUUAUUUCCCCAGCAUUGUAGCUAACCGAUGGCUGGCAGUGAGGCUGGAGUUUGUAGGGAACUGUAUUGUGAUGUUUGCAGCACUCUUUGCUGUAAUGGCUCGGGACAGCUUGAGUCCAGGCAUCAUGGGAUUAUCUAUCUCCUACGCUCUGCAGGUCACGGCAUCUCUGAACUGGCUGGUGCGGAUGUCCUCUGAGCUGGAGACCAAUAUUGUGGCUGUGGAGAGGGUGAAGGAAUAUGGAGACACAGAAAAAGAGGCUGAAUGGAAGUUAGAGUCCUCUACUCUGCCUGCUGGCUGGCCGACUGCUGGUCACAUUGAAAUGCGCAACUUUGGCUUGAGAUACAGGGAGGACUUGGAGCUGGCUAUUUGUGAUAUUACGGUCACUAUCGAGGGGGGAGAGAAGGUUGGAAUUGUGGGUAGAACAGGAGCAGGGAAGUCAUCUCUGACAUUAGGUCUUUUCCGCAUCAUUGAAGCAGCUCAGGGAGAGAUCCGUAUAGAUGGAGUGAACAUCGCUGAACUUGGCCUGCAUGAACUACGAUCCAGAAUCACAAUCAUUCCUCAGGAUCCAGUGCUGUUCUCAGGAUCCUUGCGUAUGAAUCUGGACCCCUUUGAUGGCUACACUGAUGAGGAGGUGUGGAGAGCUCUGGAACUCGCACAUCUCAAGAACUUUGUGUCUGGCCUGCCUGACAAACUGAACCAUGAGUGUUCAGAGGGAGGAGAAAACCUCAGUUUGGGUCAGCGGCAGCUGGUUUGCCUGGCUCGAGCUCUCCUCAGGAAGACCAAGAUUCUGGUUUUGGAUGAAGCAACAGCAGCUGUGGACCUGGAGACAGACAAUCUCAUUCAGUCCACCAUCCGAACCCAGUUUGAGGACUGCACCGUUCUGACCAUCGCACACCGACUCAACACCAUCAUGGACUACACCAGGGUGCUGGUUCUUGAUAAAGGCCAGAUGGCAGAAUUUGGUUCUCCAUCCACUUUAAUCACCAAGAAGGGAAUUUUCUACAAGAUGGCCAAAGACUCAGGUUUGGUCUGAUAAGGAGAGGGGCUGAAGAGCCCUCUGUUCAUUUAGGAUAUAUCACUGGGUGGAGCCCAUGUAGAGAGAACUAGGCGGGGCAUGGACACUGUAGGUGCCUCUGCAUCGGGCCUAGAGCUCACAUACAGCGUGACUAUGACAUCCAUUACUCUCUACAGCCGUAACUGUAGCCCUCAGUUUUCACUCCAUUUUAAAAGUUUCGCUGCAAAUGCUGCUUUGAAGGAUUGUUUGAUGCCAACAUUUGGAAUGUUUGAUUUCUUCAUAGCUAUUUGUGUUGUCUGAUUUCAUUUGAACGACUUCUCUUUUUGUGAACAUACCAAACCACUGAGUCAUACACUCCUGCUUGUUAGUGAUGAAAACAAAUUAUAAUUUCAAUAUUGUUUUACUAGAAUUGAAGAGUAAAGAACAAUGGUCUUUCUGUGCAAUGUACUGACAAUGCCUUCAGCAGGGAAACACUCCUCCGUGUUCUGUACUUUAUGUAUAUGAGUGUGUGCUCAGUUCAGCAGAGCAUGUGGGGCUCCACCCCAAGCCAGAUAUCUUAUAUGAAGCAAUUCCCUUUAUAACAAUCCUUCUAAAGACACACACAAAAAAAAUAUCACCCAGAGUUUUUAUUGCUGUUGUUUUUUCUUAUUUCAGUAGUAUUUAUUUAUAUCUUGAGAGUAACUCACAAUAUCUAUUACAACAUUAUUUUACCAUAUCAAAUAUUUAUUACCAGGCUUCUCCCACUGAAGAAGUGGCUUAGCCCUGUCUUACCAUUAUCAUGCAGUAGAGGCUAAAUUUGCCUUCUGCUUUGAUUUAGUGAAUGUAUUUUGCUUGCAUAUUUUAUUCAUCAUACAUGUUUACUAUUAUGUCACAGUGAUCAUUACACCAAAAGACUACAAAUGCACUUAUUGUUUAAUUAUUGAAACAGACUAGGUCAAACUAGGGUUUAUUUUUUCCAGCUCUGGUGGGGGAUAUUAUAAAAAAAUAAAAAAACUAUGUUUGGAAUUAUCCUAUACCCAAGGAUCAGAUACCAAAUCAAAGUUGUUCUGUAAGGGAAGAUUGCCCAGUAGAUAGAUGGUCCUUCCUGCCGAGCGCUGUGUGCUUCACUCUGUGUGCUGUAUAUCAUAUCUGUUGACUGUCCGCUCAGUGCGUCAGAUUUCAUUCUUCAGUACCUCCACUCUGCUGUUCUAUUAGAAAAGUGAGCCUUUUGAGUUUUUUUUUUUUAAGGUCAAUCAGUUUCUUUUUUCAAGAACUGACAAACAACCAUAAAUAAUAACAAACUGUGAUAUAUCUGAUUUGUUAUUUAUAUGAUUUGUAUGUUUGCAUAAGAUUAUUAUUUGAUAUUUGUAUACAUGCACUAGUUUUAAGUGUGCUUAGUUUAAUAAAUCAAGCUGACAUGUAAAGGGGAAAAAUAAAUACGUUUUUGUAAA